AUCCUAUAGCACAACCCUUUUUUUUUCUCAACACGUUUGUGGCUGAUUUUUUUAGCUCGGACUGAACAGAAGCCGCCGAUUCCCUUUCCUCCCACGGGUUUGUCAGCUGCUGCGAGUCCCGGGUUAUGGGACCGUCAUGUCCAUGAAGCAGACCGGUGAUACAUGGAAGCCCGGCGGGGCCAGCGGAGGAGAAAUGAGCAGGUACCUUGGUGAUGAGGUGGAUCCAUCAGAAGAACGUUCCAAAGCUUUGCUAGAGAAGUUACUUCAGCAGGCCAAAGAACGGCAGCAGCAGCUACAUGGUAAGGUGCAGAAAGUAAAGAAGGCACCUAAGUCCAGCAAUGAAGAGGAGGUAGGGGAUAUUGCUACAACUGAGCAUCUUAAAGUGAAACCGAAGAAACGUAAGAAAAUACAGUUUGAUGAGAUACCUGCUGAGGUGGAGAGUCCCACUGAUGAUGCUGACCCAGAGGAUUAUCAAGAGACCGUAAAGGUGAAAGCAAAGAUACCACGUAAGAAGAAAAUCAAUAAAGAAGAGCAAGAAGAAAGCAUUUGCUUAGAAGCAGCGCAAAGUGAGGAUGGAAAUGUGGAGCAGAAGAGUGUAAAAGAUACUAUUUCAGAUCCCAACUCUAUUCUUUUAGGUGGCUUUGAGACUAAACCUGUUCAGAAGGUUCUGCCUGUCCUACCCCAGUGGCUGGCAAAUCCUAAUCUAGUGCAAAAGGGUGUUAAAGAUAAUCUAGUCCCCAUUCACGACUUUCCUGGUCUGCACCCAAAACUUCUUAAGAAAUUGGAAGCCAACAAAGUGAAGUCUUUCUUUCCAGUUCAAACAGAAGUUAUCCCAGCUAUUUUGGACAGUUGCUCCCACAGUUUCCUUCUUGGGAGGAGUGGUUAUCGCCCAAGGGACAUUUGUGUUUCUGCACCCACUGGCAGUGGAAAGACUCUGUCGUUUGUUGUUCCCAUAGUGCAGGCACUGCUGCAGCGCGUUGUAUGUGAGGUGCGUGCUCUGGUCAUGUUACCCACCAAAGAGCUAGCACAACAGGUCUGCAAGGUUUUUAAUAUUUAUGUGGAUGGUACCGGCCUGAAGGUUGUUUUAUUGGCGGGACAAAAAUCUUUCUCGAAUGAGCAAGAGUCUUUGGUGAAUAAAAGGAUGUCUGGGUUCUCCAGCUUAGCUGACAUACUCGUGUGCACGCCGGGGAGGCUUGUUGAUCACAUCCAGCAGACAGAAGGUUUCACCUUGAGGCAUCUGCGCUUUUUGGUUAUUGAUGAGGCUGAUCGUAUGAUUGAUCGUAUGAACCAGGACUGGUUAUAUCAUGUUACUAAGGCAGUGUUCAAGAUGGACACCGGUGCAAGUGGAAUGCUUUUCACUCGGAGGGAGCCUAUAGUGCCUACAGCAGCCAAUUAUUAUCAGUGUCAGGUCCCAUUGCAGAAACUGCUUUUCUCUGCUACUUUGACACACAACCCAGAAAAACUUCAGCAGCUGGGUCUGUACCAGCCCCGGCUCUUCACAUCCGUAUACAGGCAGACAAAACUAGAUACUGCUGAUGCUACGCCUGAGCCACCAUCUUCUGGAAACUAUUCCCUACCAGAUGGCCUUACGCAUUAUUACAUCCCAUGCACACUUAGCUCCAAGCCUCUCAUCCUCCUCCACUUCUUGCUUACUCUGCGAUUUUCCCGUGUCCUCUGCUUUACCAACUCCAGAGAGUCUUCCCACCGCUUGUUCCUGCUCAUAAAGCUAUUUGGAGGAAUCACGGUGGCAGAGUUUUCCUCCCGUCUUAGUCCCGGGGAGAGGCGGAAGACCCUGAAGGACUUUGAGCAGGGAAAGCUACAGCUGUUAAUAAGCACAGAUGCCACUGCAAGAGGAAUAGACACCAAAGAAGUGAAAUGUGUGAUAAACUAUGACGCUCCACAGUACAUCAGAGUAUAUAUCCACAGGGUGGGAAGGACUGCCCGCGCAGGGAAGGCAGGUCUGGCAUUCACAAUGCUCCUGAACAUUCAGGAGCAGAGGUAUCUAAACAUGCUGAAGGACGCGGGCGUUUCACAGAUACAGAAACAGCUGGUGAAGAGUGAGAACCUGAGGCAUUUUGAGCAGAGAUAUGAGGAGGCACUAUCUCAGCUACAGAGGGUUGUUAAGAAUGAACAUGCUCAGAAGCGUUGCUGAUUUUUAAUACCCAUUGCCAGUGACUGAAAACAAUUUAGUUCCAUUGUUGGGAACUUACAAUUACUGUUGCUCCACAUGGACCAUCAUUGUCUGCAGUGCAGUGUGAAGUCUGGUUCUAUACUGUACGUGACAAUUGCUUGUGAUGAUCAGCAUUCAGAUUCGUCAGAUGGAUGAACAGUUUUCUAUGAGGAAUUGACUUAGCGAAAGCUCCAAAGUUUUCAUUCUAUGAUUAAACCUCAAUAGAAGCAGCACAGACUUCUAGCAAUUUCUUCAGUGUACAGAAUUACUUUUUUUUUUUUUUUUUUGUAUUAACGGUAAUAUUAUAUUUGUUGACUCAUUGAGUGAUUAGCUGUGAAAUCUAGCUAAGGGUUUGUUCAUUUUCAAAUUCCUGUUCCUUUACGUCCCCAAUGUAUAGCCCCUCACCCAGAGGUAAGAUCCCACAAUUCUUGUUUGGUCAUGAAAUUGUUGUCAAAAUGACCUAUAAGGGUAACUAGAACAAAGGGAUAUAAUGUUCCUUUACAGAAGGCACCUAUUUAAUACAGAAUACAAGCACAGCUUACUUAAUUUAGCAUUUUUGGUCAAACAGGUCUGAGUUUCAGAAAUAUUGCAUGGAAUGCCUUGUGCCAUUUGCUUCCAUAAGAAAUCUUGAUGUGUUUUCUCAGGUAUACUGUAUAUCGCUUAUUUGAAUUACCUGUAGCUUAGCCCUGACUCUUUUAAUCCCUUUAUUUUCAUACUAGAAGGCUCAUAUCUAACUACUGGCAUACAUGUGCAGGUCUUUUUAUAAGCUCAUUAUCAAGUGUUGUUUACAUAAUAUCCAUUACUAUUCAAAUACGUAGUUCACAGGAUAUCUCUGUCUACUUUUUCCAUGUUCAAAUUACGUAAUGGAGAGGGAAAGUCCUUUACAGAGGUUUGAGACUGGAACAAAAAAGCAUCAGCCAAAAACUGUCAACAUGUUGGGACUUUAGGGGUCAUUCCGAGUUGAUCGUAGCUGUGCUAAAUUUAGCACAGCUACAAUCAGGAACACAGACAUGCGGGGAGACGCUCAGCACAGGGCUAGCCCGCCCCGCAUAUCAGUCCCUGCCCCGUCGCUGAAGUACAAAAGCAUCGCCGCUUUUGUACUACAGGAGUAGCUCCCAGCCAGCGCAGCUUGUACGUACUACUCGUCGCUGCCUGGCUUGCAGUGGCUGCGUGUGACGUCACGCAGCUGCUGCGGCCCGCCCCCCGCACAGUCCGGCCACGUCUGCGUUGACCGGAACGCGUCCACAAAACAGCGGCCAAACGCCGCCGUGCCUCCCGCCCAGCGACCACCUCUGCCUGUCAAUCAGGCAGAUGCGAUUGCUAGGCAACGACAGCCGUCGGCUGUCAGCCAUGCGCCAGCGCAUGUGCGGUUCUCACCUGAUCACUGCGCUGUGAUAAACUGCAGCAAGCGAUCAAGUCAGAAUGACCCCCUAUAUUUGUUGUGUAAAAUUAAAUGUUUGAAGUUUUCCAUUUGUUUAAUUGAAAAAAAUAAGCACUUUUAAUAAAUGAACAACAUAUUA